CUCUCUCUCUCAGCUGGUGUAAGGCAUGCCUAUAGCGGACGGUUUGCUUUACCGCAUUCAACAGACUGUUUUUCCAGAGUUAGAGCCAUGGAAGUAAAUUAGAAAUUAAAAAAGAAAGAGGAAAAAGAGGCAUCGGUGCUUUUUUUUGGCAAUAAAACACACUACCCAGCAGCGCUUUGGACGAUGAGGACUAAAUACAAUUAAGCAGGGGACUUUAAAUAAGAAGAUUUAAACGUCAACAGUAAAGAGUGUCCCUUUUUUGUAUUUAACCGGAUUGCCCCCACCCCAACCUCCUUUGCUUCAGUCGGGAUUUUUUCAACCACAGCUCAGCGGAGGGUGUCAGAUCUUCCUCAGACCAGCGCGCAGUGGGGAUGCGCGCUGCGUCCGCGCUCCUCUUACUGUGACGACAAAAAAGGAUAACAAACACAAGAAAGAGAAGGAAAACAGAGCGAGACGUCGCGAAGUAAAGGGGAUGUGAAAGAAGGGGAUGCGGGUGUUCAGGAUCAGCUGCGCAGGCUGUGAAUUCAGCACUAGAGGGGAGGAGAGAGCGGGGAAGAGAAGGGGGGGGGGGGGAGGACAGAUCCCGACGCCGCAGCGCGCCGCACGACUCCGGGAGAUUUCUUCGGUUUUCCAUCAACGCGCCAAGGUCAGUGUGAAAGAAGCUGAGAUACAUAAAUAAAUAAGCAAAUAGAGUAAAGAUGCGCUGGAACCUGGUGCAUUGCCCCGCUGAUGCUUUCCAUCAGACCAAUUGCUGGAAGUGAAGGGAGACGUUUGUUUUUAUUUUUUUAUCCUAAAGUGAAACUGGACGUCUGGACGCAGUCUGGAUGCGCUCCUUUUCCUCCUAAAUGUCUACAGCUCCAUCCCCCCCUCCUCCACCACCACCUCUCGCUGAUGCAGACUAGAUCAGCAGCUCCUACAUGUCUUGAGAGGCGGGAAUGAAUCGUCCGCGCUGAUAAGGGGAAAAAAAAAAAAACACAAAAGGGGGGGAAAAUGCUGCUGUGGAUCAUCCUGCUAAAUGCGGCUCUCUGCGUUGCAAGCGGAAAUGUCACCAGGGAGGUUUGCAAGGAGAAGAUCUGCUCCUGCAGUGAGGUGGAGGGCGACCUGCAUGUUGACUGCGAGAAGCGCGGCUUAAACACGCUGCGGCACCUGACCGGCCCCAGCUCCCACUUCUACCACCUGCUGCUGCACGGUAACUCGUUGUCCAGGCUCUUCCCCAACGAGUUCGCCAACUUCUACAAUGCCGUGAGCCUGCACCUGGAGAGUAACGGCCUGCAUGACAUUGUGCCAGGCGCGUUUCUGGGGCUGCAGCUGGUCAAGAGGCUGCACAUCAGCAACAACAAAAUCCGAUCAUUCAAGAAAAGCACCUUUUUGGGCUUGGAUGACUUGGAAUACCUUCAGGCGGAUUUUAAUUUGCUAAGGGACAUUGAUCCAGCUGUUUUCAGGGACCUGAAUAAACUGGAAGUUUUGAUACUGAAUGAUAACCUCAUCAGCGCACUACCUAUAAACGUGUUCCAGCACGUGCCCAUAACGCAUCUUGAUCUGCGGGGUAAUCGGAUCAAAACAUUGCCUUAUGAGGGGAUUCUUGAGCAAAUUCCUGGUAUUGCAGAGGUGCUGCUUGAGGACAACCCAUGGGACUGUAACUGUGAGCUAGUGUCCCUAAAGGAGUGGCUGGAGAACAUACCACGCAAUGCCCUCAUUGGGAGGGUGGUCUGUGAGGCCCCCACCAGGCUGCAGGGCAGUGACCUGAAUGAGACCUCAGAAGCAGAUUUGUGCCCAUCACAAAGUGAGGGUGGAGAUAGUAGCCUCCCUGCCCCUCCCACACAGGAGGAAACCUCCCACCCCACACCUUACAAGCCCCCCAGAAAUCCUGGUGGAGGGCCCCCUACACCCGGAGUCAAUGGUUCCAAGAGUAACUCCAAGUCCCCAGAGAGUUGGCAGCUGAAAACAAAGCCCACACCGGUAAUGGCAGCAGCAGAUGGGAAUGGAGACGGCGGAGAAGAGCAGCUGCGCAAUAUCACGUGCCCACAGCCAUGCAGCUGCAAGCUGGUGGGCGUUAGAAAGGGACUGGCAGUCAAUUGCGAGGGCAAAAAGAUUGAGAGUCUGGCUUCCCUCAAGCCAAAGCCUCUGGCUGCCCACGAGCUUAACAUGAGAGACAACAACAUUCAUGCAGUUAAGAAGAACCAGCUUCUCGGCUAUUCCAGCCUCAAUCUGCUGGAUCUCGGUGGGAACAACAUCAAGGUUGUUGACAAUGGCACAUUCCAGAACCAGAGUGAGCUCCGGUGGCUGUACAUGGAUAAGAACUACCUGGAUACACUAAUGGCAGAGAUGUUUGUGGGCCUUGUAAAUCUGGAAUACCUUAGUUUGGAAUACAACGAUAUCCAGCUGAUAGUGGCAGGUGCAUUCAGCCCGAUGCCGAACCUGAGAGUUCUGUUCCUAAACAACAACCUUCUUAAGGCUCUCCCUGUGGAUGCUUUUGUUGGGAUUUCUUUGUCAAAAAUCAGUCUACAUAAUAAUUACUUUACCUAUCUCCCUGUGACCGGUGUCUUGGAGCAGCUCAACUCCAUCAUCCAGAUAGACCUUCAUGGGAACCCAUGGGAUUGCUCAUGCAACAUUGUGCCCUUCAAGCGUUGGACCGAGAAGCUUGGAGCCGACGUAAUUGUGAGUGACCUCAAGUGUGAAGCACCAGAGGAGUUCUGGAAACGGGACUUCCGUUACGUGCGUAAUGACCUCAUGUGCCCCAAGCUGUUUGAUCGGGCCGUGCCCACACCAGUGUCCAAGAAUGGGACUUAUGCCCAGGACUCAGGUGGAACACGCUCAAACUCAUAUUUAGAGCCCAACCGGGUCUCAAUAUCAGUGCUUGUGCCUGGGCUGCUGCUCGUGUUUGUCACAUCCGCCUUCACAGUUGUGGGGAUGCUUGUGUUCAUCCUGCGCAACCGGAAACGGUCGAAGCGGCGAGACGGCAACUCAUCCGCAUCAGAGAUCAACUCCUUACAGACGGUGUGCGACUCGUCCUACUGGCACAGUGGGCCAUAUCAUGCAGACGGAGGUGCUCAUCGGGGCUUCGACUGCAGCACACACCUCUCAGCUGUGGACGAUGCAUAAAAAACACAGACUGGAUUAUAAACAGUAGACAAAAACUACAAGAAUUCAUUAAAGAAUGGGAACAUAAAUUUGUUAAUGAACCUAUAGGUCAGCCUGGAAGCUGCAGAAGGCCCCACUCUGUAAUAUAUGUAUAUGCCAAGCCCCUCUGGCUUACACCCUCAGCUCUUUUCUCCUCCUCCUCUUCUCUGCCGCAAUCAGACUACAAAUCUGUAGAUGGGAGAAAAAUAGAUUGAGAGUGGAGAAAAGGGAGCCAGGGAGAGUGUAUGUGUAUGUAUGUGAAAAAGAGAAAGGAACGACCUGGGGAAUGGUGCACGAACGCAUGAAUGUACAUGUAAAUACUCAGACUGAUGUAUCAUAAAAAUGCAUGAUGAUAUUUCCGCAUGGUUUCAACAAGACACACAACAGGCGAGGAACCAUAACCACCAACCAGGAGGCAAACUCAGUCCCCUCCCCUCUCAUGUUAUAUACCACCACAACAGCUAUAUAUAUAGAUAUUAAGAAUUAUAUGACUAUUACAAAGUGCCAUUUCUCUAUUUUUUGUGAACCUGCAGUUAGGAUUUGUAUUUGUUGUUUUAAAACUUGUUCAGAGUUGAGAAAUGAGAAGAAUAAUGUUAACUGGUGAAGGAGUUGGGUGAUCAAAGUGAAGCUGUCAGUGCAUGUUCUUUUUAAGUGUUACCAUUUAUUUUAUUAAUCAGCUCAUCAUUGGUUAAUAUUUGGGGUUAUUUAUUCUGUAUACUAGGUGGCAAAGCGGGUCCAAAGCAUUUGCACAGUAGCUAGGUCCUCUAGGGCAGCGGGAAAAAAAAAAUAGACCACCAUUUUGUUAUUGUUGCUGUUCACCGUAUUCUUCAGGUUUACAUUUAAAACAUAAAAAUUAAGAAAACAAGUUUGAUAAAUUUUUUAGAUUAUGUUUCCAAAUAUAAAUGUAAAAUAUUUUUGAUUUCAUUUUGUUUAAUUGCUUUAAACAUAAGACAAAUAUAUGGUCACCAUAGGACUUAAAAUCAUUCUUUAAUUGUAUGUUAAAUGUAAUGCAACUUUGGGUCUGCUAUGCCAGGUGGUUGCAGAAUAAAAUCUCCCCAGGUCUGAGGGUAUGGAAGUCCAAAAGUGCCACAAUUACCUAAAUAGAUAAUUCAUUAAAUUCAUUUUUCAGUGUUUAACUGUGUACAAUCGCAUACAAAAAAAUGAAUCUUGAAAUUAUUAGGUCUAUUUAAAAAAUUAUACAUUUUACAGUUUAAACAUCAAAUUCAAUUUCUCUUUUUAACUUUUACCGAUUUAUUUGCAAAACUUAAAACUCCUGAUAUCCUUAUGUAUUUAUUAAAUAUUUUAAUUACAUUUCUUUGGUUAAUAAUUUAGGCCAUAUGAAUGUUUUAAUGAUUUAUGUAUUUAUUACUUUAUGGCACUUUUGACUUUUCACAGGGUGAUCAUCUUCUUUUAUGAAUGUAAAAAAAACAUGAAGAAGACUAAAAAAAAAAUGCUGUUCUUUUUUUAAACAGUGUGCCAAUUGUUGAAGAUAUUCAGACAUGCAGAUGAGCACGACCAGCUAACGUCACUCAGAUGCUUAUGCUGCAAAAGUUCAUGUAGCUCCAAUAACAGUUAUGUGGUUCUUUUUUGUGUGUGUGUGUGUCAACGAACAUAGCCUGCUUUUGGGUGAAAGGAACAAAAUAUAACAAAAUCUAAAAUUUUGGGGAGGGGGGUUUGUACCAUCAUAUUUUUUCAAUAACUGUGCAAAGAAGUGAUUCUAAUUAUUCAUUGGAUAUAUGUAAACAGCUAGAAAAACAUACAUUAGGAUAGGGUGCUUUUUUUUCUUAUGUGAUAAAAAAAAAAAAAAGUAUUCCUCCACACAUAAUAGCUUCUGGCUGUGAUUCACUUCCAUCAUAUUGUGAGCUUUUGUAAAGCCAUCUUAAUCCUGUCCAAAUACAAGAACUGUAACGGGCUGUAUUUACUGCAACACAGGCUAUAAUAGAGGGGAUGGGAGGAACAUAGAAACGUACAUAAAUAUCAUAAGUUGA